AUGUCCGCCGCCCCCCGCCACAGCUUCGCUCUUCUUCACGGCCUCCUCCUCCUCUUCUUCUUCUGUGGCGUUAACCUCCCAGCCCCGACCGAUGAAACACACACGUUUAUUGAGACACGGCUGGUGUGUUGCUGUUGUAAUUACAUUUUAUUCAAUAAAAGCCCUCCUUCCACUAAUGUGUUUUCAUGUUCUCGUAUCCUCAGGAGGUACCAGCUGAAGUCUAAGAAGAAGAAGACAAACUGGAUCACGGCGUGCAACCAGACGUCACACCGGUCAUGUGACCUCACACGGUUCAACCUGCACUACCUGGGCAUCUUCGUGCUCCAGGUGCGAGCCACCGUGGACGGGCAGCACUCGGAGUGGGCGCAGACGGAGUUCUGCCCCGAUAAGGAGGCGGCUCUGGGGCCUCCCAGCAACGUCACCCUCGCUCCUGCUGGAAGCGACUUGGACGUGGUCGUCACCGACCCGCUGACCAGCAACAACACCUCCAUGAGGGAGCACGUCCCCAACCUGUACUACCACGUCCAGUACUGGGAGCGCCAGGCUGAUGGGCAGGCCUCGCCUCAUAAGCAGCUGAGGAUCAACACCACCAUGGUGACGCUGCCGGGCUUGAAGGCGUGGACCUGGUACUGUGUGAGCGUGCAGUCUCGCGACGACUUCUACUCGAAGACCAGCGACUUCACGGUGCCGCACUGCAUGCAGACCGAAGGUUCGAUCCCCUGGUGGAACAUCUUCCUGUACUUCCUGGGCUCGCUGCUGUUCUUCUUCCUGAUCGUGCUGGGAACCAUUUACGGUUUAUUCAGGUGCUGCAAGACCAUGAAGGAUGUUCUGAAGCCGUCCGACCAGAUGCCCUCCCACCUGAAGAAGUACCUCUGCAGCUCUCCGGGCUCCGACAUCCCUCGCCUCCUCACCCCGGACUCUGAGUCUGAGCUGCUGUGUGAAGGUGUGACCAUCUGUCCACUGCCCGCCGUCCUGGAAAUCCACAUCCCUCCUGCCGAGGAGCUGGCAGCGCCCCCCUCGGGCCUGGAGCCGAACAGCAGCGUCCGGCACAGCCGGCAGGACAGCAGCAGCAGCGGCGACUCCGGCGUCUACUCCUCUGGCGGCGGCUCCUCAAGCUCUGCCCUGAAGCAUCUCAGCGCCGUUCGCCACAACCACAUGGGGAGCGAUGACAGCUUUAAGGGUUUGUUGGACCCUGAGCGGGUGAACCUGCGGGAGAUGACGGCCCACGUCAAGAGCCAGCCCGAGGUCGCAGACGAGGGCGUCGUGGACGUGUGCGUCUGAGCGAAGAGGAGACGGGUCCGUGGGAAAUGUGUGGCGUGCCUUUUUUCCGCCAGUCACUGUGAAACGAGCGCCUCUUUUUAAACACAAACACUGAAAAAGACUGAACUGCUGAGCCACGCCCCUCACGCAGAAGGAACGAGUCCUGCUGGAGCGUCGCCGUUUGCAGCUGCUGAUCCUGGUUCAGGCAGACAGGAAAUCCUGCUGGUGCUGACUGAAACUUUCCUCCUUCAGCCGCUACCGUCGUCUUAACCCUCGCCACACAGCUCGACUCUGCGCGCCAUCACGCAUCACUUUAACUUUCACAGGUAGCUUGCAGGUGCUAGCAUUAAUCAAAGAGGAAGCAGUUCAUUACGUGAGCGCACCUGGCUACAAGCAUGACAUCUCUGCAGGCGGCGGCCUCUGUGUCGCUUUCAUUUAAUCUUCGUUUUACUGUAACAGCACGUUUUUGUUUUUUUUUCUUCCAUUUAUGGUUCUUAUAGAAUCUCUGUUCUGGUAACUCUUGCUUUCUUUAUGGGUCUGUCUUGCCUCCAUCUGCAGCUUAUGCUCCGCCCACAUGGUGAUGUAGAAACCGAAUCUGUGGCAUGUAUCAGCAGGACAAAUCAAACAGUAAUUAUAAUCAAAGAAGCAUCAGUCGUGUGGUUUGACUUCCUGCUCUGAAUCGCCCCGCCCAUCUGCUGACCUCUGUUAACCUUUGUAUAUAAGCUUGUUGUGCAGCUGUGUUUACAAUCAGAAACUAAAUAAACUCCUGAAAAAAACCAAA